CAUUCCCUCACAUACGCUGUAUGUCGCCUCCGGGAGAUGGUCAUUUUCCUCUCCAUGCGAAUAGGAGGAGCCCUCAGUUUUACCCGACUGUGUCACGGACGAAGAGGACAAGCCCAGGUGCUGAGGAGAGGGAAAGAGCGAUAGGGGUGGUGUGGUUUCUGCAGGUAAACACUAGUAAUCUCUAGCACAGAGAGGCAAGUGCGGAGUUUAGCCCACACCCAGCACGCUUGCGGACACCGUACCGAUCCACCUGUGUUGUUUUCAGCAACCCGCGGGUGGGAAGCAGCCAAUGCCAAUGCGCUCUCGACUGUAGACCAUGUUCGCAGGUCAGAGGAUGCGUAAAAAUGCGUAGUAACUGGAAUAGUAGGUGCUGGAAGAAGGGCGUCCGACUGUCAACACGUCUAAACUGUGCGCAUAGCGCCGAGCGCUGAUGUUCAAACCAUGGAGAAACAAGCUCUUGCAACGGCUCUGAGCGUGUCCAUGAGCGUUAUCUCUUUACUCUUGUUGGUCACCGCUAUCUUCACCGACCAUUGGUACGAGACAGACACCAGACGGCAUAAGGAGAACUGCGACAAGUAUGGGUCGGAUUCUAACGACCAGAAAAACAGGGAGAUGCCUAUAUACCACUUGCCUCUUGUGGACAACAGCAACUCCAAACGGAACGUGGCGCUCAUGAAGCCGAUUCACGUCGGGAGUAGAGAGGAGGAAUUACUUGAGAACUGGAGGGCGAUACUGGGGAUGGGGAUUCUUGAGACGGAAUGUGGGCGUCCGUUGUUCUCCACAUUUUCUGGACUCUGGAGAAAAUGCUACUUUCAAGGCAUGGACCGGGAUAUCGAUAAACUCAUAUCAAAGGGUAUUGCGGACCGAUGCACAACUGUCAAGUACCAUUUCUCUCAGCCUAUUCGGCUUCGAAACAUCCCGCUCAACCUGACGAGAACCAUUCAGCAAGAUGAAUGGCAUCUCUUACAUCUGCGGCGAAUCACGGCGGGGUUCCUUGGGAUGGCGGCUGCCGUUUUGCUGUGUGGCAGCAUUGUGGCCACAGUGGGCUUCUUUUGGGAGGAGAGCCUCACCCAGCACGUCUCCGGCUUGCUCUUCCUCAUGGCAGGGAUCUUCUGCACCAUCUCCUUGUGCACCUACGCCGCCAGCGUCUCCUACGACCUCUCCCGGAACCCACCCUUCAUCUAUGGACUGCCCGGCGACGUGGACCAUGCUUACGGCUGGUCCAUCUUCUGCGCCUGGGUCAGCCUGGGACUUACCGUGGCAUCGGGCUGCCUCUGCACCACCUACCCCUUCUUCAGCCAAGCCAAGGCCCUGCACUCCAAAACCGCCCGGGAGUCCUCGGUAUGAGCUGUAUGAGCAGUGUGAGAGAAUUGAGCGCCCCCUGUAGAUUCGGAGGAUGAAUUGUUGGUGUGGACAUUCUGUUGCUGACUGAAGACCAAUAUAAGAGGAGAUGUUUUAUUUGUACGAAACCAGAGAUGAAACAUAGUUUCCACGGUGAGAUAUGGGAAUCUUGUUGGUCUUUUUUGUAGACUCUUGCCAUCCUUUAUCGAGGUGUUAUGGAAGGUGCAGCUGUUAGGAUGUGUUAUGUGUGUGUUUGUAUGUGCACACAGGCAAACUCACACAUACAUAUGGACCUACACAUGCGUACACAAGCACACACACACAGUCUCUCUCUCUC